GGCAGAGAGGGCGCGUGAGAACUCAUCAACGUCUAGGGGGAGCUAGACCUGGAAAAGAGGCUGGUUAGCCUUUGGCCCCGCUUGCAACUCUAUUUCAACCCCUUCGCCGCCCCCCAGUAUCAAUGCAGGACCCUUGAUCUUACAGUCCCUGCGGAUUCUGGCUUUGAACUCGGGCUAGAAGCCGCCUACGUGUGCCUUGAACUACAAUGACAUCAUGGCAAGAUUUCGCAGGAGAACGUGCAUCAUUCUGGUGCUCUUUAUUUUAUUCAUAUGCUCCAUAAUGAUGGCCUUGAAAACUUUGAGACCUGAAAGAGCUGGGUUUGGAGAUCCAUUUGGCCUUGGCCUGUUACCAGAUUUUCAGCAACGAACAACACAUUUAAGAAAUAAGUUCAACGUGCAGAGCGGAGCUAAGGAAGAAAGUUUCACACACGCAAAAAAUGUUCACCCUUUAACAAUGAACUUAAAAAAACCCACCGUUUCUGUAAGGAAACUAGAAGAACAUCUGCCUUCCCCAAAUUACAACUUUCAUGUGUUUUACUACAUCUGGUAUGGGACACCGCAGUUUGAUGGAAAAUAUAUUCACUGGAACCACCCAUUGUUAACACAUUGGGACCCCAAAAUUGCAAGUGAUUAUCCAAAAGGAAGGCACAGUCCUCCGGAGGAUAUUGGCUCUAGCUUCUAUCCUGAACUUGGACCUUACAGCUCCAAAGACCCUUCUGUCAUAGAAGAGCACAUGAAGCAGAUGAGCUCAGCUUCCAUUGGGGUAUUGGCCCUUUCUUGGUACCCACCUGGAAUGGGUGAUGAAAAUGGAGAACCUGUUGAUGCCCUGGUACCAACCAUUUUGGAUAUUGCACAUAAGUACAAAUUAAAGGUCACUUUCCAUAUUGAGCCAUACAAAGAUAGAGAUGAUCGCAGUAUGUACAGCAACAUCAAGUAUAUCAUAGACAAAUAUGGAGCCCAUCCAGCCUUUUACAGACAUAAAGUCAGUACAGGUAGAACCCUUCCCAUGUUUUAUGUCUACGAUUCUUAUAUAACAAUCCCUGAAAUGUGGGCAAAUCUGCUUACUGUCUCUGGAUCCCAGAGUAUACGCAAUACACCCUAUGAUAGUUUAUUCAUUGCCCUUCUUGUGGAAGAAAAACACAAGCAUGAAAUCCAUAGAAGUGGCUUUGACGGAAUUUAUACAUAUUUUGCCACCAACGGCUUCUCCUACGGCUCAAGCCAUCACAACUGGCCAAGUUUGAAAGCCUUUUGUGACACGAAAAACUUGCUGUUUAUUCCAAGCGUGGGCCCAGGCUAUGUAGACACCAGCAUUCGACCAUGGAACAGCCACAACACACGGAACCGCGUCAAUGGCAAAUACUAUGAGACUGCGUUCAGCGCUGCGCUUCUGGUACGCCCUGAAAUAAUCUCUAUCACCUCUUUCAAUGAAUGGCAUGAAGGAACUCAGAUUGAAAAGGCCAUUCCAAAGAGGACUGGAAAGGCAGUUUACCUCGACUAUCAGCCACAUAAGCCAAAUAUUUAUCUGGAGCUCACUCGUAAGUGGUCUGAAAAGUACAGCAAAGAAAAAGAGCAGUGGCUUACAUGAGGUGCAUUUCCACUUGGCAGUUCCACGAUGGGCCCAUCGCUGUGUCUCGCUGAUAAAUCAAGAACGUUUUAAUUUGUGAGGAUAUCGUCUGCACUAUUGCUAUAGCUUUCCGAAGAGAAAAUGUUCACUUUUAGAGUAAUGAUAACAAUGGCAAGCAAUAUUAGCCCCUCGGGUUCUUAUAAUACAUUGAUAGUGCUAAAUACUGUCCCUUUUAAUGUUCUGUAUAUUACCAGUACACUGUCUAGAAUAUUUGAUUUAUAACACUAGUAGAAUGAUACAGAGCUUAUUCCAGCUAAAACAGUUGCUUGGGGUCUCUGUACCCAGUUGGACUUCUGAGCUUUCCCCUUUCCUGAAGAAUUCCCUCAAAGUGAGAAAACCUCAGAAACAACUUCCAGUGCAAGGUGAAGAGGUGUGCAAAAACAAAACAAACCCUAGCACUCAAAUGGAAACCACUGUGGUGCACUUAAAUGUGCUCCUUAGGUCAGGCCCUUUAAAGAACAAUGAACAAAACCUUUUACAACAGUUUCUUAAAUAUUAAUUUGUAUAUGUGAAGCAUCUUUUCCAGUGGGAACGUAGAGAACUCACCAAGGAACCUUCCAGAACAAGAAUCACUUUUUUAAAAAUGUAUUGGAGCUGCAGAGGAACAUUGCCUGAUUUUCCUAUGCUACUCCCAUUCAUUGCAAUUCAAACCACAGGAAUUGGUGGUAGGUGCCCGUGAUGUAUAUUAUAUAUUUUGUAGAAAAAUAAACAUGUUCUCCUUAUUUUUUGCACUUAUUUUGGUAGAAAUAAUGAGUGAACUAAAAUUAUCAUGAUAAUCAUAAUUAGUAAUUGUUUCAGUUAGGUUUUUUAAAGGCACAUUUACUCAUUUUGUUUGGCAUUGCCACAUGAGCAGAACACUCAGUUUGCUUUGCUUUAGAUCCUAAGUACAGGAAUCAUUUUCAAAGAAGAAAAAUGUUUUUAAGUGCUUAGAAUGUUUAGCAGGAUUUAACUUUUUAGAGUACAGACUCAGAAAACAAUCAUUUGGAAUAGUAUAAAUUGUCGGUUGUGAGCAUUUGUAGGAGCUUUAAAAAUGUCCUUUUAAAAGAAUUGUAUUUCCCCAGUGUGGUGUUAAUAUCUAUUCCACGUGAAAUUGGAGACACCCAACUUUGGAUAGCAAAGACUAUGUUCUUCCAAACACACUGCCAGCUGCAGUCUGGGUUGAGCGGACUAUAACAUGAGAGCACCUGUGCUUUGAAUCAUUUCUCACUAAUGGGCUACUGGAUGUUGUGAUUUUCAGUGAGUGCCUUAUUAUCUCCAAAUUGAAAGUGCCUCUCUAAUGUGCUCCCUAGACACUUAUCCAAAGCUAAUAUAGCAAACACACAAGCUGGAUUCAUUGUCUUAUUUUAUGAGUUUGGUUCUGCAGUUUGUUUGUUUGUU